AUGAGGGUGCUGGCAGGCGUGGUAUUGAUGAGCCUAGUGCACGGCGAAAGUGCCGUAACGGACGUCGCAGCGGACGCCGACGUCAACCAGGCGCAAGCAUCCGGCGUGGAAGCGUUCUCCUUGGAAGACCCCGGCGUCCAAGGGUCCGCUGCGAAUGUAUCCUCUGAGUCGGCAGCUGCGGCAGUGGUGGUGGUAGACAGCGGCGAUGGUCAGCAGCCAUUUGUGGUGGAGGACAUGGACUACCCAGGCGCCGACGCAGGAGUUUUGGUGGACAUGCCUCGUGCUGCCGUGGGGACCUUGCCAGGUUACGACGUGGAGAUUAUACGACGGAACGAGGCCGAGGAUGCUUGGCCGGUGCAAGAGAUGGCGCCCUAUUAUGAGUGGGCAGUGGCGCAGCUUCGGGGCAACCGAUACGCCUUACCAGAACCUGACGUGCAACAACUCGAACGACUCAACCAAAUUCUCCACGAUACCGUGGCAGAACUUAGACGUCUGGGGGAUGCAGAUGUCGCCAGUGCCGCUGAUACCUCACUCGACGCCAUUGCCGGUGCCCCUGUUAACGGACUCACCCUUGACUCCGAGUCACUCAACAAUCUCAUCACCACCGUAUCCGGCUCCCUCUCCCAUGUGGCACAAGCCGCCGGACAGGUCGUAGGAGUCACCACCACUCAAGCCGCGCCCGUCAACCAGGCUGUCCUCGGCCUCCUCAACAUUCUACAGGGCUUCCAGAAACUGGCCAUCGCAGUUGGAAGCAUACCCCUCAGCACCGACACCCAAGUCUAA